AUGCGUGACCCUGGAGCGGAGCUGAGGGCGCCGUCCCCAGACAUGUCCCUUCCCAGCCCCGACGCAGCAGCGGUCCCGGGAGAGGCGAGCGGCCGGGAGGUGAGCGGGGCGGAGACACCCCGGCAGGACGGAGAGAAGGGCCGGAGCGCGUCGCCGGCGGAGAGGUGUGGACGGGAGAGGGCGGGGACGCCGCGGGAGGCCGGGGAGGCGGGGUCCGACCUGGUUUGGGGCACCGGGCGGGAGGCGACGCCAGGGGCGCUGCGCUCAGACUCCGAACCGGACCGGCGGGUAUCGGGGCGCGGUUCCCCGCCCGGUGCGGACUUUGGCCCCGCGGGGCUCCGGGUCCCCGCCGCGCCGCCGGCUGAGAGAUGCGCGCCCUGGCCGCCCCGGCCCACGCGCGGCUCCAGCUUCCCGACGCCAUGGGGACCCCCCCGGACCCGCGACUCAGACCCGCCGGCGCGCAGGAGCGCGGCGGAGAGGCUGGCGGCCGACCGCGCCAAGUACGUGCGGAGCCCCGCGCCCGACGGACCCCGCGCGCUCGCCCCGGCAGCGCCUCCGGCCCCCGGCCCCGGCGCCGCCCGCGCCCCCGAGCCCGUGGCGCGCAGGAUCAUCGCGCGGCGGCCGCUGCGGCCCGACUCUCUGGUCAUCUACCGGCAGAAGUGCGACUUCGCGCGCGGCCCCGACGCCCACGCCGGGCUGGGCCGGAAGCUGCUCCCGGGGCCCGGCAGGGACAGGGCUGCGCUCCCCGGCGAGGCGGACCGGGCCGCCGGCCCCGAAGCCCGGCCCGCGCCCCUGGCCCCCGGCGCGCCUCCAGCGGCUCCCAGCCCGGCUCCGGAGCGCCCCUCGCCCGGCCCGGCCCCCGCGGCCCCCAGGCCCGGCCCGACUCCCGCUGCGCCCAGCCGGGACCCGGACCCCGAGCUGCGCCGGGCGCAGCGCGCGGGGCUGCGGCGCUCGCAGUCGGACCUCAGCUCGCGCUUCUCCGCGUCGCUGGUCGAGGCGGACGCCUUCUUCCAGUUCUGCGGGCUGGACCCCGACGUGGUGGAGAGCCUGGGGCGCGACAACUUCUCGGCCGGCUCGGAGCGCGCGGCGCGCCUGGCGCGCACCCUGAGCGUGGCCACCUCCGACAGCGGCUUCUCGCGGCGCAGCGGGCCGGGCGAGGGGCCGCCGCCGGAGGAGCCGGAGCCCGCAGAGCCCCCCGCGCCCAGCAGCGCCACGUCGGUGGUGGAGAGGAACGCGCGCAUCAUCAAGUGGCUGUACUCCUGCAGGAAGGCCCGCGAGGCCGCGCGCCCCGCGCCGCAGGGACCCGCAUGA